AUGCAUUCCUCUGAUGACUUUUCUACAAAUUCCACGGUCUUCACCCCUUCAACCGAGUGCAAUACUACAGCUAGUCUCUGGAGCGACCGACAUGCGAUUCCCUGGCCAGGAAACACUUAUAGAAUCAUCGAGAAGCAAACGAACCGAGCGAUCACUCUCGUCGACGACCUAAUUGUCAUAAAAGACAUCGAAGACACGGCACAAAUUACCGUAACCCAGUGGCUUUGCGUCGAGAAGAACGGCUACUUUGGUUUCCAACAUCCGUCAUCGGGGAGGUACAUGGGACAUGACGGUGACAAAACUCUGCGUGCCAAGGCCACAGAACUCAACAAUUGGGAGCUCUUCACGCCCAGAGAGCAUCCGGAAGGAGGCUAUCAGCUCCUGUCGCCAUAUUGGUCUCAAGUUUUGAUGGUGCUUUGCGUGGACGAGGAUAGGAAGACGGUGGUGAGGAGGAAUCACGGGACAACUUUGUGGGAGUUUAUCUAA